UGCAUAAUAUUAGGCAAACACUUUGUAGUUUUGCAAUGGUAGCAUUACUCUUUGUUUAUUUUAUUUUCCUUUACAAUUGGCCCUUCUCAUCUCUUUCCUCGUCCCAGCUACUUCUCUCCCACAAUGAACCACUCUGCCAUCACCAAUCACACAAGAAUACCAAUAUUAAUGAAGUAUAUGGAGAUAGUCUUGGAACAGCUUUGGCCAAAGCUUCAAUGGGAAAUAACAAAACGUUGAUAAUUGCUAUAAUAAAUAAGGCUUAUGUAGAACAAGAUGUUAAUGGUGAUGCCAUCACCAUGUUUGAUCUAUUCUUAAGUAGCUUUUGGCUUGGAGAAGGAACAAAGUCUUUGGUUGAUAAUCUUCUUAUUGUAGCCGUUGAUCAAACGGCCUAUGAUCGAUGCAUGUUUUUGAGGUUGAAUUGCUUUAGAUUGGAAACCGAUGGAGUUGAUUUUGAAGGAGAGAAAUUCUACAUGUCUCAAGAUUUCAUCAACAUGAUGUGGAGAAGGACUUUUUUUCUUUUGGAAGUUCUAAAACGUGGUUACAACUUCAUUUUCACUGACACUGAUGUAAUGUGGUUAAGAAAUUCAUUUAAAAAAUUAAGCUUGAAAAGAGAUGAAGACCUUCAAAUUAGCACAGACAACUAUCAUGGUGAUCCUUGGUCAGAAAAUAAUAUAAAUACUGGAUUUUACUUUGUAAGAUCGAACAACAAGACCAUAUCUUUGUUUGAAACAUGGUACGAAAGCAAAGAUAAUUCCACAGGAAAAAAGGAGCAAGAUGUGCUUCGAGACCUAAUGGGAGGUGGUAUAUUUAAACAUUUGAAACUCAAGGUUAGAUUCUUAGAUACACUUUAUUUUAGUGGAUUUUGCCAGGAUAGUAAGGAUUUCAGAGCUGUAACAACGGUUCAUGCUAAUUGUUGUCGAAGCAUCACUGCAAAGGUAGCUGAUUUAAAGACAGCUCUUCAUGAUUGGAAGCAAUUUAAGAAGUUAGAUGUUAAUUCUACCAUGAAUAUUCAUUGGUCAAGUCACGAGAGGUGUUCCCAAUCUUGGGGAUGAUUUUAUAGAACAAUAAUAUCAUAUACUAGUAUAGUUUAUAUUUAGUUGAAUAAUGAUAUUUACGCAAAUAUUUCCAUUUUGUUUUUCUAAUUAAAAUAAGCAGUUGUAAAAAUUGAAAUAUUUGUGCUUGUGCAAUUUUUAUUACCAUGACAUUAAUAAACUAAG